UGUAAACUGCUAAAUCGCAAACUCUAAAAACGUCUUAAGGCAUGAACCGCCGACUUCCACAGCUGCUGCUGAGUUCUUCAACACCAACUCUCAGUCCGUAUCUCUCUGUCUCUGUGGUUGGCUAUGGCGAAAGGAGACGAUGCAGUGAGGAGGAAGAAAAAUAAGUCACUACGAAAGAAGAUGAACGGCCAGAAAGAUUCUUCCUCGGCAGUUUCUGCACGUGUUGCGGCCAUUAUAGCCGCCAAGAAGCGUCGCAUGUCUGGUAAACGCAGAAAAUGCCAGGGAAUGUGUUUUAGCCUUCCUACCCCUGAUGAUCCCUUCAAUGAUAGGAACGGUCAAAAAGAUCCCAAAACAAAGAUAGUCAAGAAAGUCAAGCCUUCUCAAAGGGAUGAAAUUGUGUUUACGAAGGGAAAAGAAUCGUUUGGUAAACGUGAUGCAAAGGUAGAUGAUUUAAACUUGAAAGUUGACAAGGUUUCAAGUUUCAAGAAUGAGAAGAAGAAUGCAGGGCGGCUUAGCCUAUUAGAGCCUGGAAGAACAAAGACCGAGGUGAAUCGAAAGGGUGGUGUCGAUGGUUUGCAAGGGCAGGCCUAUGAAAACUUAGGUUGUCCAUCAAAGUAUCUGAUUAUGUGCUUGAAUGAGAUAGAAAGUGCAUUGCGUUCUGAUGGUACAUACAUUACUGAAGAGGAUGAGCCUUUGUUUGCUAGUUCUUGGGGAAAUGAAUUUUGGAAAUGUUAUUCAGCUGGAAAGGAUAUGUUAGAGACAAGUGGAACUCCUUCUAGCGUAGAGCAAAUCGCAUGGAUUGUCUGUAGUGCUGCUGAUACUAUUUCUAAAAAAGAUGAAGAAGGUUUAUCAUGCAUCAGCCCCUUUCUCUUGUUCCUUGUUCAAUCCAAAGAAAAAGCUGCCAAGGUACGCUCGGUGUGCAAAGCUUUGAAAAUUCAUGGUGUACAUGCUGUUAGCAUACAUCCUGGUGCCUCCUUAGAUCACCAGAUUCAAGGUUUGAAGAAUUGUGAGCCUGAGGUUCUCAUUGCAACACCUGGGAGGCUUUUGGAGCUUGUUUCUUUGAAGGCAAUUGAUAUAUCUGGGGUCUCCUUGCUGGUCAUUGAUGGACUGGAAUCUCAAUAUCAAAUUGGUUACCUUGAUACUAUAAAAGACAUAUCACAGUUAGUAUCAAGAAAUGCCCAUCACUUGGUUUUCAGUGAUAGCUUUGGGUCUCCAUGUGUCCCUGUGGUGCAAAAUCUUCUUGUUGGACCACUUCAUAGACUAUCUCUAAACAACUGCAUUACUAGUCAAAGUGCAUGCAUUCCCAUUAACACAUGCAGUGCAAAAGAAGAACAGCUAUCUAAGCGUGGAACCCGGUGACGUGACAAAUUGUGCAGUCUCCAUAAUUCACAUUGACCAAAUUGGUACAACUGACUAGAUUUUGUUCUUGCAAUUGAAAGUUACAUUCUUCUCCCAAGGAUGGUCCUUUACACUGUUAAUGGUGUGUUGCACAGCUUUUUAACUGAAGAUGGUGCUGAGCUUGUUCAACUGUUGAUUGAAAUACUUUAAAAUUAUUGGCAAGCAAUGCUUAAAGCCCAACGAACAUGUCUCUUACUUAUCUUACCGUAGAACCAUGAAGUUUGAAUUUUCUUGCAUUAUAUUUUACUAUCAUUAUUAUUAUUUUUAAUUCCUAUUGUUGUAUGUGAUGGAAAAAAUUGGAAAGGGUACACCUGAAAAUUUGUUAAAUCUUGAAACAUAUAUGGUCUAGUGUUUGACAAUAUAGAAUAGAAUCUUAUAUGCAGAAAGGAAUGUGAAAAAAGGGUUUAAGAGCCUAAAACAAGUGGUGGAGAUUCAUAUUUUGUUGUCAAUGAAAUCUUUGUCAGUAUCCUUAUUUUUCA